AAAAAUUCCCCAAAUCCCCUGAAAAUCCCCAAAAUGUCCUGAAUGUCCCCAAAAUUCCCAAAAUGUCCCAAAAUGUCCCCAAAGUGUCCCUUGACGAGUCAGACAUCCGGGAGAGCGAGAACAUCGCGGAGCUGCACAACCAAAUCAGCGCCUGCGACUCCAUCCUCGAGCGUAUGGAGGAGAUGCUGGGGUCGUUCCAGAGCUCUCUGAGCUCGCUGAGCUGGGAGAUCCGAGCGCUGCAGGAACAAUCCGUGGCCAUGAACCUUCGGCUGCGGAACCGACGGGAAAUCCGGGAACGGCUCGGGGGGCUCCUGGAUGAGCUCGUGGUGCCCCCAGACAUGAUCAGGUGA